AUUCCAUAUCAACCACACGGAGCAAACGAGAGAGAGAUUGAAACCCUAGAGAGAGAGAUGAGUGAAGAAGGAAGAGGGCGGCGAGACCUCGUCUGUCGUCGCCGGCGGCGGCCAACAACCCAACUUGACAUGAAGAGUGUUGACCAUACUUUCUAGGGAGUCAAUUCCAUUCCAUUCUAUUUUGCCAAUCACUGGGACCCAUCCCUUCCUUCCUCUGUUCGACAAAUCUCCAAGCUCAUUGGCUCAUUCUCCCACACGCGCUGCCCCCAGCACGUGUCACUACUUGCCUUUUCUUCUUCUUCUUCUUCUUCUUCUUCUUCUUCUUCAUUUCUUCUCUCUCUCUCUCUCUCUCCAACCAACAUUACCUUUUAGCUCAACAAUUCCACAAACAGCUCGCACACCCUUUGAAAGUAAUCAAAAUUCAACACUUUCUCCGACCGUAUGGAAUUCCGGCGACCCAACUCGCCGGCGGCGAAUUUUCCAGGUUAAAAAAUGCACCAUACAGUGAUAGACUCCGAACGCAAAUCACACUGACAACAAUCACAUACCAACAAGGUCUGGGUUUGAUUCUGAUUCUUGUCUCGUCUAAUAUUCUACACAUAUACACCAACAUAUCUUCAAUGGCAAAUAGUGCUACUUCUACCCCAACUGAUACUUUUUCGGCUCCACAAUCUUCUACCACAGAAGACUUAGCCCUGAAAGCUUUGAACAAGCGAUACGAAGGUCUAGUCACGGUUCGAACUAAGGCGAUUAAAGGGAAAGGAGCUUGGUAUUGGGUACAUCUUGAACCCAUUUUGAUUCGAAACCCAGAUACAAAUCUUCCUAAAGCAGUCAAACUCAAGUGCACUUUGUGUGAAUCUUCUUUCUCUGCUUCGAACCCUUCUCGUACAGCUUCCGAGCAUCUCAAGAGAGGGACUUGCCCCAAUUUCAUCACAAUUGCCAAACCCAUUUCCACCUCACAACAACAACAACAACAACAACAACAUCAAUUACUACCUCCUUUAGCUUCACCUUCUUCUCACAAUCAUCGGAAACGAAGCUCUCAUCCAAAUCCUGGUACUUGUUCGUCUUCUUACCAACCCAAUUCAAUCGCGAUGGUUGAUUCCACUGGGUUGAAAUUGAAGCAACAGCAUUUGGUGUUAUCAGGUGGAAAAGAAGAUUUGGGUGCUUUGGCAAUGCUGGAAGAUAGUGUGAAGAAGCUCAAGAGCCCAAAAGCUUCGACUGGUUCAGAAUUAAACAAGAGCCAAAUCGAUUCUGCGUUUCAUUUUCUAGCUGAUUGGUUCUUUGAGUCUUGUGGGUCUGUUUCAUUUUCGAGCCUCGAUCACCCAAAAUUCAAAUCUUUUCUUAACCAAGUAGGCUUGCCCGCCUUGUCCCGGAGGGAGUUUUUGGGUUCAAGGCUUGAUUCGAAAUUCGACAAAGCCAAAAUGGAGUCAGAAGCUAGAAUUAAAGAGGCUGUGUUCUUCCAAGUCUCUUCUGAUGGGUGGAAGAUCAGGAAUUGUAAUCAUGGCGAAGAUAAUUUGAUUAAGUUUAUGGUAAAUCUUCCAAAUGGGUCGACUGUAUUCGAAAAGGCCGUGUUUACGGGUAGUUCUGUACCAUCAAAGUAUGCAGAAGAGAUUUUGUGGGAAUCUAUGACUGGGAUAUGUGGGAGUGAUGUUCAUAGAUGUGUGGGUAUAGUUGCUGAUAAGUACAAGGCUAAAGCAUUGAGGAAUUUGGAGAUUCAGAAUCAAUGGAUGGUUAAUGUAUGUUGCCAAGUUCAGGGUUUUAUUAGUUUGAUGAAGGAUUUUAUCAAAGGGCUUCCAAUUUUUAAGGUUGUCAUUGAUAAUUGCUUGAAGAUUGCUAAUGUUUUCAAUAGUAAGUCUCAGGUUAGGAAUAGUUUCAACAAGUUUCGGUCAGAGGAUCAUGUUGAGCUUCCUGGGUUGAUUAGAGUUCCUCCACUAAAAUGUGAUUAUUCGAAAAACUUCACUUCUGUGAUUGCAAUGCUGGAGGAUAUAUUGAGCUGUGCUCAGGUUUUACAUCUAAUUGUGUCGGAUGAUUCAUAUAAGGUGAUAGGUGUGGAUGAUCCAUUGGCAAGGGAAGUCGCAGAGAUGAUUCAAGAUGUUGGGUUUUGGAAUGAAUUGGAGGCUGUUCAUUCAUUGGUGAAGUUGAUCAGAGGCAUGGUUGAAGAUAUUGAAGCCGAGAAGCCAUUAGUUGGGCAAUGCCUUCCACUUUGGGAGGAAUUGAAAGCGAAAUUGAAGGACUGGUGUGCCAAAUUCAGGGUGGCUGAAGGUCCGAUUGAGAAGAUUGUUGAAAAGAGAUUCAAGAAAAAUUACCACCCGGCAUGGUCGGCUGCAUUUAUCCUUGACCCACAAUACUUAACAAGGGAUUCGAGUGGAAAAUACCUUCCACCAUUCAAGUGCUUAACACAUGAGCAAGAGAAGGACGUGGAUAGGCUGAUAACCCGGUUGGUUUCAAGGGAAGAAGCUCAUAUUGCAUUGAUGGAACUAAUGAAAUGGAGAUUAGAAGGGUUAGACCCUCUAUACGCUCAGGCAGUUCAAGUAAAACAGCGAGACCCUGUGACCGGAAAAAUGAAAAUUGCUAACCCUCAAAGCAGUAGAUUAGUGUGGGAGACUUGUUUAAAAGAGUUUAAGUCACUUGGGAAAGUUGCAGUGAGGCUUCUCUUCCUUCAUGCAACCUCAUGUGUGUUUAAGUGCAAUUGGUCUUUUAUGAGAUGGGCUUGUGUGCAAGGGAACUCAAGAUUGGGCCUCGAUAGGGCUCAGAAGAUGAUUUUUAUCGCUGCUCAUGCAAAGCUCGAAAGGCAGGAUUUUUCGAGUGAGGAAGAAAAAGAUGCAGAGUUGUUUGCCAUGGCAAGCGGUGAGGACGACAUGUUCAAUGAGGUCUUUGCAGGUGUGUCCUCAGUGUAAUGUUUUCUUUUAUAAACUCUUGUAGAAUUCUGAAAAACUGUAGGAUAUAUUGAAUUCUUUUCACUUAUGUUCGUGCUGUUUACUUUUAGUAGAAGAUUCAGGAGAGGGGGUUGACAGGGAAGGAGGGGAAAUUGAACAAUGUAUUAAUAGAAACUGAAUCGCCACUUGAUUUGAAUGAAUCAUUAGGCUGGCAUGAUUGGAGGAGGUUCUUGAUUUUGUAGAGGAGACACUCAUUCUUGUUUAUAAAGAUAAAAAUGGUCCAGUAACAGAACAAGAAGAAGACUGGGCCCACUGUUGAACUUUGAUCCGGGCAUUGAAAAAAUGGGGUUUUGCACUGUCAUCAAUUAGAGUUUGCUAUGAUUGUUAAAAUGUCUUUGAGCAAACUGGAAGCAAGAGAGAUUGUCGACAUUAAGAGGCACAUAACACGGCUGAAAGGGAUUAGGCAACGAACUUGAACUGAUUUUCAGAAAAGCCGAGGCCCUGAAUCUUCUUUGGUCAUUUGCUAGAGGUGUCAACCAUUCAAAGCACAAUCUCAUUGUCCCUUUUGGAACUUGAAAGUAGAGAAGAUAAUGACACUAAUCAUGGUUUGCUUUGAGGAGAGUUCACCAAAUUACAAUUUUACACUUGGACAUCAAUUAGGCCUUUUUCUUGGCUUCCGUCGAUCCAACUGCUCUGCCAUCUGUUCUACAUCAGUUUCACUAUCAGCAUGGGAAUUAGGCAAGACUGGGGAGCCUAUUGACAAGGAUGCGAAGCACACAAAUGCUCAAAAAAUGUAUAAUCAAGUUAUGUAUCUUUUGAUUUCUUUUCAGUGGCAGAAUUGUGGAAAAUUGAAUUUGGGCAUUGGAGUAGUAGCUGGCAGGUGAAAUGUUAUUAUCUUAUAGACGUGUUAAUAAUGAUCCAUGGAGAGAAAGCAACUGAAAAGAUGAAUGGUAGACGUUGGAAAAUACAGAAUGUAGGGCAGCAUAGCAGAUGGGGUCUUUGGUUGGUCAUUAUAGUUUUUAAAGUAGUGGUUCUUGUUUGUGUAUUCUCUCUCUCAAUCUUGUACCUUUUAAUAGUACUCUCAACAGAUUCUCUCUC